UAAAUAAACAUAUACAAUAUUUGGAGAUUCCAAGUUGAAUAUGAAAACUUUUUGAGAGGGCAUUGCAUAAAUAAAUAAAAAAUGCAGAAACCCCGGAAAAGAAAGAAGCUUGAGUUGCAGAACCACCCAGAAUCUUCAUCUUACACUUCUUCCCCAACCCAGUCUGCAACGACCAAACCAUCCAAGCUCGUCAAUGGCACCAGUGACGUCACCAAGGACCCAUACCCAUCUCACCUUCGGCCAACCCCAGAUGAAUGCCGAGCCGUACGAGAUGAUCUCUUGGCCCUCCAUGGCUUUCCCAAAGAGUUCGCCGAGUACCGCAAACGGAGGCAGAGCAGUAAUAAUAAUGGCCUUAACCCAGAUGAAAAUGCUGCAAAGUCUGAGGCUUUGGAUUUGGAAAGGGAUGAUGAGGUCGUUGAAGGUGGAUACGAUGCGAACGAGAGCGUUUUGGAUGGUUUAGUGAGGACUGUGCUCUCUCAGAAUACUACGGAAAUCAAUUCGCAAAGGGCUUUUGCUUCUCUCAAGUCUGCUUUUCCCACUUGGGAAGAUGUUCUGGAGGCUGAUUCGAAAAGUAUAGAGAAUGCCAUAAGAUGUGGAGGUUUAGCGCCAACGAAAGCUUCAUGUGUUAAGAACAUAAUGAGGUGCUUGCUUGAGAAAAAAGGCAAAUUAUGUUUGGAGUACUUACGGCAUUUGUCGGUUGAUGAAAUUAAGGCUGAGCUCUCACAAUUUAAGGGAAUUGGUCCCAAAACGGUCGCUUGCGUUUUGAUGUUUCAUCUUCAGCAAGAUGAUUUUCCAGUAGAUACGCAUGUGUUUGAGAUUGCAAAGGCCGUUGGUUGGGUACCAGCUGUGGCAGACAGGAACAAAACAUAUCUUCAUCUUAACAAACGAAUCCCGAAUGAACUUAAGUUCGAUCUCAACUGUCUCUUGUUUACUCAUGGCAAGGCCUGCCGGAAAUGCACCAAGAAAGGUGGUCUACACAUAACAAAGGAGUUGCAUGACUACUGUCCCUUGCUACAUUACUGCAGAGAUUCUUAGUAUUUUUGGUUGUAAGGAUUUGGAUGGUAUAUAUUUCUUUUCAUUUUUAGAAUGAUUAAUGGAAUGCCAAUUUACCCUCUCCGA